UAGGCUUUACUGGUGUGACUAGAAAGCUAAACUGAGAGGCUCACGAUGGCAGAGAUUGCUGAGGCAUUCAUGUUGAAGGUGACGGCUGGAUUAGAUGAGCAACUUGUCGAGCUUGACAAGAAAAUUACAAGGUUUAAUACUGAUGUCACACCCCAGAAUGAGAAGCUCCUGAAUGAUAUCGGGACCAUUCACCACCGAUGUGAAGAGCUCCAUGACGAACUACAGGGUCUACUCAAUAAGCAAGGAGAACAGGAGAAAGCUGCGAAGGAGAGACAAGAUGAAUAUGACAAGAACCACCUCUUCAAGUCGCCCAUCUCACCAAACAACCCUAAGACGAUCCAUGAACUCUAUGAAGAGAUGGACCUCCUCGACAUCGAUUCUGAUGAAGACGAUGACCACGACAGUGGCAACGAGAUGGGCGAUGGCGACAAUGAUGAUGUGCAUUCUGAAGAUGAGAUCAUCUUCAUUGGAAAAACUGACCUACCUCCGACGAGCCAGAAACGAUCAGCUAACGAGGCACGGUUGACGCCACCCAACCCUUCAAAUCGACCAGUCGGACCCAUGGAAAAGGAGACUGUAGGAAAGACAGCAACACCGCCACGUACUUCACCACAGAAAGCCCCACCCGUCUCCAAACUCACCACAGUACCACCUCAAUCGUCAUCAUCAUCAAUACCAAGUACUCGGGAGUCCCCGAAGGCAGCUAGUGUGUCCCCUGCCACCUUAGCAUCGACAGCAUCCUCCACGACAGCACCUGUCAUGACCCAGACGGUAACGGUUGAAAGUGCAGGAAGCACUCCUGGGAGAACCACUGUUGCCAAGGUUCAACAAGACGGGAACACAAGCACUAUAGUCAUACCGGCCUCCAUGCUUCCUCGGCCGAAGAACUUGCCAAACGCGCAACAGCCCAACGCGCCGUUGCGUUUCCUCAUGCUGACCACCGCCAAGAAUGCAGCGGGUCAGGAGGUAAAGAGCGUAAAGACUUUGCUCUUGCAGAAUCCUCAAGGAGUACCCCUCAAUGGCCAAGUCGUCUUGAAGAUCCAGGAUGGACAGCAGAAUCAGCUGGUGCAGCCAUCAUCGCAAGUCCUUCAGGUUUUACCACAUGGGAAGGCUCAAGGUACCCCUUCUGCUCCUGCAGGAAAACGUCCUCCAGGAUCUGCAGAACCUUCCAAGACUUCUUCCGAGGUUGUGGAGAUCGUUGACGAUGACGAUGACAUCGUGAUGGUGAGUAGCACUCCAGCAACCUCUGCUGCCAAGAAGAAUACUCCCGUCAAAGCUAUGGCGAGAGCACCGUCGGCCAUUCCUGGACAAGAUGGAAGUCCUGGAAAGGUUCGUCAAGGAGUUCAACUGAUCCAUGGGGCUGACUAUGAUGCUCAUCUGAUGGAAGGAGAAGAAAUGAUGUUUGGAGAUGAUGAAGCAACGUUGCCAGGGCUUGUUGAAGGGAAGAAGGUAUUGGCCAAAGGGGAAGAGAGUUUCUGGUAUCAAGGCAUUCUCAUUGGACCUCCUAUACAUCAUAAAGGAAUGAAAAAGUAUAAAGUGAAAUUUGAGCACGGACGCAAACGGCUGUUGUCCAGCAAGUUUUUGGCUGUCAUCACAUCUUCCAAACCAGCAGACCUUGCUGUGGGUAUAAGGGUAGUUGCUUCUUAUUUAGUGGAGGAGGGUGCCAAGACAAAAGGAAUGUAUGCUGGAAUUAUAGCGGAGGUCCCGAUGAAGACAAAUAGAGGAAGAUAUUUGGUGUUUUUUGAUGACGGGUAUGCUCAGUAUCUUUCAUGCGAUAAGAUCCAUAUUGUCUACCAUUCAAGUGCGUGUGUCUGGGCGGAUGUAGAUAUUUUCUCACGGAAUUUCAUCCGUGAGUACCUUGAUAAAUACCCAGACAGGGCUAUGGUCAACCUGAAGAAGGAUCAGUUAGUCAUGACAGAGUGGAAUGGCAAAUGGUGGAAUGCUCGAGUACUAGAGGUUCAAGGAAGUCUUGCUAACAUGCUGUUUGCAGCCACCCCAUCACGGAGAGCAGAGACUGAAUGGAUCUACAGAGGAUCCACUCGGCUUAAACCCCUUCUUGACUUGGGUGACAAGAAGAGCGCUGGGAUCAACACCGUUCCUACCCCUGAACAAUUGAAACACAAUCUUCCAUACGUAGAGAUGACCAAGGUCCAUUCAGACCACAUCUUGCCAGAACAACAGAUACCGCAACCCAAGCCUGCAAUGCUGGGCAGUCUUAACAAUCAACAAUCACCCUCGAUGUCAUCAUCAUCGUAUCACUUCUCACAGCUACUACAACAGUGCGCACAGCAGACUGUAAAUACUCCCUCGUUUGCCAAAAAAUCCUCCUCGUCCGCCAGCUCUUUUAGCACUUCAUACGAGAGCAGCAGGAAUGAGCAUAAAAAGAAGAAAAAGAAGAAGAACAAGCAUAGAGAAAGAAGGAAAGAUCGGUAUGAAGAGGAUAAACUGUUUGAACCAGAGACCCGAGUAGAUCGUUUCGUGAGGAAGGAGCGACUUAGAUAUGUCCCUCAUGUUUGUAGUCCCCUCUGCCUUGGGUCAACGCCACAAGUGGUUGAUCGGACUAGGAACCCUCUCCUCGUACCCCUGGAUCUAGGCUGGGUUAGAGAGCUAUGUAAGCAGGGCGGAAGCAGCUACAAGAGACACGUCGUCUACAGGGCGCCUUGCGGGAAGAGUCUGUGUUCCUUUGAUGAUGUUUCCAGAUAUCUAAGAGAAACCAAAUCAGAAGUGUUAUCUAUCGAUCGAUUCACCUUUGCAUCACACGUCCACAUCAGUUUCAAACAGCGGAAUACCAGGCAGAAUAGUCGUUUCUAUUACAUGGAGCUUCCCGAUCUAUCCAAUGGUGUUGAGAAAGUACCUGUGUCUUGUGUGAAUGAAUACGAUACAGAUGAGCCGCCUCCUCUGAAGUACAUGACGGAGCGUCAGGCAGUCUUGAGGGGGUCUAAGGUCAACACAGAUCCAAACUUCCUCGUAUGCUGUGAAUGUACCGAUGAUUGUUCAGAUGCUAGUAAGUGUGCUUGUAGGCAGUUGACAAUUUCAUCAUCAGCGUGGACACGGGAUGGCAAACCUAAGCCUGAUGUUGGAUACAAGAACAGACUACUCAAAGAUCAAGUCCAGACAGGGAUAUUUGAAUGCAAUGAUAAUUGCAAAUGUUCAAAUCGCUGUGAGAAUAAGGUCGUACAGAACGGGCUUUCACUGAGAUUACAAGUCUUUAAGACCUAUGACAGGGGAUGGGGUAUACGAUGCUUAGACGACAUACCCAAAGGCAUGUUUGUUUGUACGUACGCCGGUCAGAUAUGGAACGAGGAAGAGGCAAAUCGGAAAGGAAAAGAGCACGGGGAUGAGUAUUUUGCAGAGUUAGACUUCAUAGAGAAUGUUGAGGCCAAGAAGGAAGGAUAUGAGAGUGACGUCGAGGAUCCAAUCGACAAUGACCUGUCCGACAAGGAUUCAGAUGACUCUAAUCAGAAAACUCAAAGUUCCUCAGAUGAAGAUUUCAAUACAGCUCAAUCAGAACUGUCUAGCGACGAUUCUGCUGAUAUCAUCAACCCUUCAUCAAAGGAUAGCACUAAGGAAUCAACCAAUCAAAAGGAGUCAUCCGGUGGAACUCGGCUGGUCUUACGAAGACAAUCUGAGAGCACAGAUCAGAGUCAAUGGUCUGUAUCUCUAGCCGGUCCCAACGUGAAGAAGGAUGCGACUCCUCCCCGUGCAACCCCCGGAGUGGGGUCAUCAGAGGCGACGGCCGAGAGUCAGAAAGCGGCCUUGCUGAAGUACGGUUAUGAUCCGAGCCCCUCCAAAGAGGUUCUCGACCAGAAACAGGUGGAAGCGUUCAGACAACGGAGGCAGGCUAGAAAUCGGCAAGCGUCGGGUGUUAACAGUGAAGAAGACAGUAAAAUCGGAACCCCAUCAUCAUCAGGAAGCAACAACGAUGAUGACAUCAAAAUAGUAGGAGUGCAAGGAUUAUCAUCAACGUCGACGAAGGAAGAGGAGGAUGACAAGAAAGUUGCUAUGGAAACGGAUUUGAAGCGAGAGGGCGGUGUUUCCAAGUCGCUGAGUGAUCUUGGUUUAGAGGAGACCAAGGAUGAGGACUUCAAGGGGGAAGAUAAGGAGAAGAAACUUCCCAAACCUAAGGUGACCGGGCCGAGAGCGAGGAAAUCGACCAACUCUCGGAUGAGACAACGUUACAUGGGUAGUCCUGGGACCUCGACAGAAACUACACAAACACAAAAGAAGGAGGAGGAGGAAAAAGAUGAAAGGAAAUCAUCUCAUCCCAGCUUAAGAAGUCUGUAUGGUGAAACCCAUUGCUAUGUGAUGGAUGCAAAGUACAUGGGAAACCUCGGCAGAUACCUCAAUCAUAGCUGCAGACCUAAUCUUUUUGUCCAGAAUGUCUUUGUCGAUUCACAUGAUCUGCGAUUUCCAUGGGUAGCUUUCUUUGCAGCUCAGUUCAUCCGAGCCGGAAGCGAGCUGAACUGGGAUUACAUGUAUGAGGUGGGAUGUGUCCCCGGAAAAGAAAUCAAAUGUCUUUGUAAAAAUCCGGACUGUCGAGGAAGGCUUUUGUAAGAUCAACAACUCGGGAUUACAAUGUACAUGUAUGAGGUGGGAUGUGUCCCCGGAAAAGAAAUCAAAUAUCUUUGUAAAAAUCUGGACUGCCGAGGGAGGCUUUUGUAAUAUCAACAACUCGCACCGUGAAAACACAGACUGAGUCUGAAAUGAAACUCGCAUCCUUUUGGGUGUUUAAUAAAGCUGUCCUUGAGUUGCAAGCGACUUUACGAAUGACUGGUGAUCCUUUCUCGUGGUAAAUUAUACACAUCUAGUUGGUGCUUCAUAAAGCUGUUCGUAAGUUAUGAGCGACUUUAAGAACGACUGGUGAUCCUUCCUGUGGUAAUUGGUAUAUUCAUUGGCAAUAGUUAAAUGCCUAAGAAAGGAUCACCAGUCGUUCUUACAGUCCAUCUUGAACAGCUUUAUGAACGGCCCCCAGGUGAGUGUUUCAUAAAGCUGUUUGUAAGUUAAGAAUGACUUUACGCACGACUGGUGAUCCUUUCUUGUGCUAUGUGAUAUCCGUAUGGAAUCAAUAUAUGACCUAAGAACAUGUUCCUGUCGUGCUUUAAGUUGUGCGUAACUUUACGAACAGCUUUAUGAAACACCCACCAGGUUUUCAUUAUACCUCAGUCACAUUUCUCUCUAUGGCCACCGUACAGCGAGUCGAAAACGGCGGUUUUAUCUACUUUUAUUCAAACCACCCAUACAGUAUGUAGCUGGUACAAAAAAUGUUUAAACGGCUGUUUUCGAGUUGCCAUGCGGCGGCCGUAGGGGAAAUGCGACUGGGGUAUUAGUGUUGAUAUUGUUCUUAAGAAAGGAUCACCAGUCGUUCGUAAAGUCGCUCAUAAUUUAUGGACAGCUUUAUGAAAGCCCACCAGUUCAGGGGCCUGUUGCAGAAAGAGUCGCGUUUAAACGCAAGUAAAAAUAUCGAGCGCAAGUCCCGAAUACGGGUGCUUCAUUGGCUGAAAAUCAAGCUGCACAAGAAUUUUUGAGUUGCGAUUGAUUGCAACUCUUUCUGCAACGGACCCCUGAUACACGUAUGAUGCUUAAACCUUACAAUUUCAUGUGCUAAUCAAUAGGAAAGGAUGCAGCAUCUACACCAUUCACCUUGAGCCCGAUCAAAUGAUUGGGCCCUGUUACACAAAAGGUUUGCAAUCAAUCACUAACAUCAAUGGCAAUGGCCAAACAUAUGUGCAUAGUCACACUCAACCUGUCAUUGUAAGCAAUUUGAAUUGAUUGCGGGUCUUUGUGUAGCCGGACCCCUGGUAUUCACUCUGUGUUGAUUAUGUUUAAGAUAGGUAGUCAAUGAAUUACAUGACUGAACGUUUCAUGAUGUAAGUUAUUGGAACGUUAAUGUUUGUGUUGUAUUACGAUGUUCAUGAGGCUUUUGAUUUCAACUAAUAGUCCUGGGCUCCGUCUUACAAAGAAUUGCGAUUGAUCCGAGCAAUCACAACUAUGGAUGGCCAGUAACGUCAACAUCUGAAAUGCAAAUUUGUUCCAACUAUUUUCUAGAUAUGAUAUUCAUACAUUCAUCGUUAUUUUAUUUUUUUACUAAGGAGAUUGUGCAAAUUUCCUGUUGAAAAAAUUAUGUUAUGGAUGGAUUUCCAUACAGUUGAAAUUGAUUAGAUCAAUCGUGAUUAUUUUUAAGAUGGGGCCCUUGCUUAUAUUCUCGUCAGUCCAGAGGGGGAGAGAGGAUGUAGGUAUUAUCGACCUCUCCCCCCCCCCAAAGAUCUCAGCCGCAGAAUGCAUGAUCAUGACAAAAAAAUGUUCAUGAUGGUGGAAAAUGACAAUCUCUCUGGUUGAAUAGCCAACUUUCAGUAAAUCUGUUUAUUUUAUUUGGAUUGUAUUAAUUAAUAAUACUAAUUUAUGCAGCAUUAUAUUCAAAUUUGGCCACAAAUGAAAAGCAAAAGCCCCAGAACUGCCAGUGUUGUGUUAAUGUAUUCUUUUUGAAAUCAUUCCAGGGUUAAAACAUUCUUAGCUCUUUAUGCGCCUAUGGCACUGUUCAGAGUGGAUUUGCCUCUUUACAAGUCACAUUUACUAUUACAAGAGCAGGUGGGUGUUUCAUAUAGCUUUUCGUGAGUUAAGAGCGACUUUAAGAACGACUGGUGAUCCUUUCUUACGCGCUUACCAUCGCCACUGAAUAUAUCAUUUACCACAAGAAAGGAUCACCAGUCAUUCUUAAAGUCGCUCUUAACUUACGAACAGCUUUAUGAAAGGCCCACCAGGAUGUUUUGAAGAGACAUUCAUUAGCAUUUUUUGACACUCUUAUCAUGCUUCAAAAGUUAACUCCUUUAUCAUGGAUUAGCUAAACUGACCUGAGGAAAAGUGUCAUUAUCGCACAAUUUUGCUGUUCUAAGUGUUAUAAUUCUGACAUUAUUUCAACAGGCUGAAUUGGGUGUCAUGGUUGGCAAUUUUCUCAUUUGUCUGAAAACCAAACUGAAGUAGAAUAAUAGACAUGUACAGAAAGGAAAUUCAUGUAUCUCACUUGAGAUGGGACCAUAUAAAUCAGAGGAAAAUACUACACUGAAAAUUAAGUGUUAAGAUACUUUGAAGAGACAAGAAACUUAACCAGGGGCCCAUAACACAAAGCUUAGCAAUGAUCGUAGAACAUUUUUCUGUGAUUGAUUGCAUUGACUACAAUGUACAAUCAAUCAUGGAAAUCAAGCGUAUGAUCAAUCGCUAACCUUUGUGUUACGGGACCCAGAUUUGAGAAAAGUUGUCUUGAAUUAAAAAAGCAACACACUGUACAUGUCUAAUAGCUCUUCAUGUUGUGGGUUAUUAUAAUCAAGAAAGUGUUAAAAUUCAUGAAAAUCAAGGCCGGUAUUCAAUUGCAUAAUUAAGUCAAAAUAUAAGUAUUUCACUCAGCAUCUUGCUUUUAAGUAAAAUGCUUAACCAUUGUUACUAAAUUGUAUUUUGUGGCUAAGUAUGACAUCGUAAUGCUUAUUAGUAAGUAGUUUGCUUAAAGUUGGAUUGAUGAAGUAAAAUGAUUAAACGUGAAUGGAAUACGAGUAUACAAGUUUGCUUAGCCAGGUAAAAUGCCAAGUAAUUUACUUUACUAGUCAAUCAAUUGAAUACUGACCCAGGGCCCCAUUGCAUUUAAGUUACUAUUAAAGUAUUAUGGUAACGACCAUGGUAAUGCUGAUCAACAGCUGAUCAAAAUCAUGGAUUCCAUGCAAGUUUCCAUUGGAUGGCAAAGUUACCAUAAUAGGAACUUAUGUGCCAAGGCUCCACACUAACUUUCUUUCUUGGUGGCCGAACUUGGUGGCCCAAAUGGUCCACCAAAAUUAUCAAUUUCACAUUCUUGGCAAGUUUGGUGGCCCUAAAACAAUAGAAAACAUAUGAUUACAAUUUAUCAAAACUUUGGUAGCCCAACUGGACCACCAAGUGUGGGCUUUUGCAGAAUUUUGGUGGCCCUACUCUCAUUUUUGGUUGCCCCGGGCCACUGCUAAUGUCGAGCCCUGUUUAUGCGAUGGGGCCCAGGUCUCGACCGCAUUUCGUGCGACCUUCGCAAGAAUGAGCACAGAUAAGAUAACUACACACUGCUGCAACUUCUAGUUACCAGCAACUCCCAGAUCUGUGUAUAUAUGGAGAUUACAAAUUAAAUUGUCACAGAUAUUAAUGUUAUGAACAUUAAACUUGUUUGCAUUUUAAAUCUAUAGCAUCAGUGGCCACAGGGUACUUACAUGUAUGUGGAUUGAUGGCCAUCCAUCCAUCCAUGUCAAUAUUGCUCAAGCAAAAUGUACCAGAAACCUUUAAGAUUGUGAGGCUACAAGCCAAGGGAUGGUUUGGACAAAAAAAAAUUGACUUUCAUAUGAAAACGACCCUAAUACUGUACUACAUGUACAAGCCCAUUUAUUUACGGUACAUCUACAUGUAUGAUGUUUCCCCCUCACAUUUGAUAUUUGUUUAAUUUCAGGAUCAUUUCUCAUUUUUUUCUGAAAAUCUCCACUUCCAUUAAAACACUUGGGCAAAAAAACCAAGACAAUCGUGUGAGAUAGAGCUGUUUUGAUGUAUUCGAAAAAAAAUAAUGAUUUUGGCCAUUCCUUUGCUUGAAUUUAUACAUUUCAUUUAUUUUUUAUUUUUUUAACACUGCUUUUUUGUGACUGUCCUGUUGUAUGAUAACAUGUGAUAACAUGAUUCUGUACAUUAAUUGCAAGGCAUUUUUUCAUGUACAUUUUGUGGAAAAGAUUAAUGUCACUCUGCUGCGACAUUUUUACAGAAACGAUAACAAUAAAUGUGAUUUUACAAAAUA